CCUUGUCUUCUCCCAUUCACCAUCCAAAUCUCGCAAUAACGGGUAUCGUGGUGAGCAAGCCUGGGAUGACACUAGGGUCCUUUUGCGCAACCAGCCUGGCCCAUCUCCAGCUCCUCGGCGCCUCGUCCCGUCCCAUUCCUAGGGUCUCUCCGUUGUUCCACGCGAAUCGGGGCAUGUGUACCUUCAUUCACUGCCAAAAAGAGACGCCAAGCUGCAUCGUCAGGAAAUAUCUGUCUUCCGUCACCCUAGCAGCUGAUCAAAACAGAAAUGAUUCUCAACGUUUCAUCUUGGCCUUGUUUAAACAUCCAUUGCCUGUCCUACACCAGUCGGAGAUCACUUCGGCUACGCCGUAGCCGCGCCGUGUAGCCUUUCUGGCAUCAGUCAACCAAUUAGAGUCUCCUUUGCAUUUUGGAGGCUUACUGUAGCUACUGGAAGGAAGUUGAUCUGACCGCCUCUAAGAGUGGACACGAAUUACCAGCAAAAUUCGGCCACUAACUAGCAUCUUCACUGCACGUCUCCCUUUGCUCUGUAUUCCUUCUUGAUACUAGACAUCUCAUCUUUGUGUACUCGGGACGGUCCGCUCUACCUUUUUACUUCAGUGUUUCGGUUUAGGCCAAUCACUUCAGGUAGCUCCGUAGGGGCAUGGGUGCCUGUCUCACCAGUUUGAAUGUGAUGCCAAGGUGGGAUCUCACAAGGCUCAUUUCUGUAUGAUUUCCACGAGAACAAGCUAUGAGCACUACUCUCCC